GUGGAGAUAUGGAUGUGUCAGAUCUGUCAACAUCUUCUCUGAAUAGUUGUGGCCCACGCGAGCACACAGACGAGGAAGGCACUUUGGAUGAGAACUUCAGGUUUGAGGGUGAUUUCUCUGAUGGUUUCGACAGCUCUGAGUGGGAAGUCAGUGAUGGUGAAAAUAAAACCGACGCAGGCGGAGAAAAGCAACACACUGACAAAAUGCACACAAUGAAGCUCCAGAAGACUCUGGCUCAGCUGGAUGUGUUUUACCAGCAGAAGAGGCUGAACGUGCUGCAGGCCAAAGAGGAGCUGAACGCGUUUCACCUUCAUGUGUCUGAGCUGGAAGAGCAGAGAGACGAGAUUGAGGAGCAGAUCGAAAAAGAGAAGCAGGCUGAAAACAGUGUGCCGCUGUUUCGUUUACGCGCUCAGCUCAAGCGUGUGCGUGCAGAACUGCAGGCCGAAGAAGAUCUGGGGGAUCAUUUAGAGAUGGUCUUAAAGGAGCAUGAGCUGGAGCUGUGUCAGGUGGAGGUAGAACUGGGUCGCUUCUUGGAUCUCCGUCAGGAACUGGAGCUGGAGGAGAAAAACAUUCAGUCUCAGGACCAGAAGACACAAAAGCUCCGAUUCCAGCGCGAGAAGAGGGUUAUCAGAGGACGCAGACACAAAGCACAACGUGACAAAAUUGAACGUGAGAAGCUUUUACAAGAGCAGAUGGAUCUUCAAAAGAAACAACAGGAACAAGCUCUUGCUAGGCAUCUCAAAGCAGCUGUCUACCUCAAACAGACUCUACAGAGGAUGAAACAGAAAGAGGCUGAAGCAGAAGAGAGGAAGAAGGAACUACUGAAGAAGAGGAAAACAGCAGUGAUGGCACUCAAAGCCAGUUACGCUGCCACUCAGGAGACUAUGAACGCUAGAAAGCAACGACAGAAAGCAUCUGAACAGAGACAGAGAGAGCAAGAGCAGCUGAUGAAGGAGUGGCUGGAGGCCCGAGGAAUGAACAGCACUGAACACCUCCACCGGCUGAAACUGCAGGAGCGCCACAGCAAGAGGAAUGAGGAGUUUGAAGAGAAACGGACAGCGGGGCAAAUGGAGAUUGUGGCUAAAUUGCUCUUGGAAAAGAAUAAGGAGGAGAAGCAUAAAAAAGCUCCAGCACCAAUCCAUGGGAAAAAACAGCCGGAGAAACUCCUGCAGAGCAUACUGCCUUCAUCUGAACAUACAAGAAGAGAGGAAAGGCAUGUAAUGUUGAGUCCCAGAGCGUCUUUUGUGAGCUCCCGCAGUGACAGCAUCAGCGAUGUCAGUUUCUCACCGGAGUGUGUGGAAAUGAAGGAUGAAGAUGACGGAGACACGAGCCUGGCUCAGCCUGAGUUCACCGGCCUUUGGGAGCACAAACACACAGAUUAUAUGGCCCCGUCUGAUGAAAACAUUGAGCUUGAAACAUCUCACACCACCAUGAAGACCACCGUGAACAAAAGUUUAGUUUCCAAAGCUGAAAAAAAGAUCGUAAAGAGCAGAGAGUCAAAAGGACCACUGUUCAUCAGCAAACCAGAGAUUGUUCUGUUCAAGGAUUGGGAGGUUGGGAGGAUCUACAAGAAAAAAGUCACACUCACAAAUGCCACAUAUGGGACUAAUUACUGUAAACUGAUGGGAGUUUCAGACAAUGUCAGAGAUUAUGUGUCCGUCAGUUUCGAGCCACCAGGGCCCAUGUCUGCAGGGAUGGCUUGUGAAUUGGAGGCUAUAUUUAGACCCUCGGUGGUGGUGGAUCUGGAUGGAGCAAUUCACUUUCAGUCGGCAACUGGCCCUUUUUCUGUGCCCAUCAAGUGCUCCAGGAAGAAAUGUGAGAUGGUUGUUGAUCAGUGUGUUGUGGACUUUGGCACUCAUGUAGUGGGACAGACGGUUUCCCGAAUGAUCACCAUGACCAACAGAGGAGCCCUCGGCACUCGCUACACACUGACCCCUGUGUCCAGCCUUCAGCAGACACCGGUUUUCACUAAAGCAGAUGUUGAGAUGUCCAGUCUGAAUGAAGAAAAAGCAGAAAUCCCAUCAGAGUCUCCUAUCAGAGGUCCUGAUGAGGUUCUAAUAGCUGAUCCAGAGUCCAUGGAGACUAAAGUGGAGCAGAGCACCAUUGAGCCUCCUGAGAUUAGCAUUGGCCAGGCUUAUGAAGGUGAGGUCGGCCCGUUUAUGAGUGUCAGAUUACCCAUCAUCUUCACCCCAACCAUUCCAGGAGAGGCUAAACUGGACUUCCAGAUCACAUUUUCACAAGCCGACUGUGAACCGAUUGAUGUUUCAGUUCACGGGGUGGCAGAGAGCGCACCUGUGUGGGUGGAGAAACCAAACAUCGAUCUCAAAAUCUGCAUGUACGAUCGCCACUAUCAGGACAGCAUCCAAGUUCAAAGCAGAGCCAGCACAGCACUCAGGCUGACGUUCAAGGUGUGUAAAGAAAUGAGGAGUCACAUGUCUAUCCAACCCAAAACAGGGUUAAUCCAGGCCAAAUCCAGCUUCACAGCUCAGCUGAAGUUUCUGCCCAGACCGAGCUUGUAUGCAGAUGCCAAAAGCUUCUUCAAUGUGGACACAGGAGUUCUGGAGGUUCCUCUGACUGUACAGGUGGCAGAUCAGGUGAAGCCUGUGCUGUUUACGGCCCAUGCUGUGGUCACCAGCUCUGACCUGAGGUUUGACCGCUCCGAGGUGGACUUUGGUCACUGCUCCAUAUAUGAGUGUGUUCAGACUGCAGUGCGUCUCACCAACUGCUCAUUACUACCGCAGGAGUUCGGCUUCGUGGGCAUUCCCAAGUUCAUUGAUGUCCAGCCUAAUGAUGGCUUUGGCACAUUGCUGCCUUCACAAAGCAUGGACAUUUACCUGAUCUUCAGUGCAUUGAAGGCAGGAGAACACAACUUCACACUCACCUGCAAAACAAACAUCAACAGAGAUUUCCAGCUGUGUUGUCGUGCGUUGGGUGUCCAGCCGUCUCUGAAGCUGUCAGACAGUGUGUUUGAGUUUGGAGACACGGCUCUGGGCGACCGCAGGACUGCAGUGCUGUUUGUGGAGGACCAGCGGCCGACUGGAGCUCCUGAACCCACAGAGAGACUCUUCACUUUCUCUGUUCCUGAAGACUCUGACUUCACCAUCACACCCUCUUCAGGAUGCCUGCUGCCAGGACAGAGGCGCCUGGUCCAGGUUACGUUCAGUCCAGCGCUUUCUAAUGACAUCAUCAAAGCCGAGGCUCUGCGGCGGAGAGACGAGUCUCAGUCUGACAGACAACACACUGACACUGACAGCAAAAGUAAAUCAGAGUCUCCACUGGCUUUAAUGAAAGAUCAAAUCAGCAAAGCGACGCCUGCCAACGGAAGUUCUUUCCACUCCUGGAGCGCCGCAGACGUUCAGAUAAACUCUUCUGAAUAUUUGUCUGCGAAAGCUUCACUCCUGCGGUCUUUCACUGAGCGUCACGUCCGCCAUCUUGUUCCCUGCUUCACCUCCACAUCUGACAGCACAGAGGAGCCCAGACACAGUCCCCAUGAGACGCUGUAUGUGGAGCUGCGCUGUUUAGCCGUCAGACCUGCUUUACUGCUGAUCUCUGAGAGCGGACACAACACCGUCCACUUCAGGACUCUGGCAGUCGGUCAGAAGGUGGUGAAAAAGGUGAUCAUCCAGAACAUUUCUUCACAGACACUUAAGCUGUCUUCAUCACUGCUGGACGUGAACGGGCCGUUUUCUGUGCUGAACGCCAUGAGGUCCAUCGUUCCUGAAGACACACACACACUCCUGAUCGCAUUUACACCAUUAUUGGCCAAAAAGUACUGUGAGACUCUGGAGGUGAGCUGCAGUCAGAUGGCACUGGAGAUCACACUGCUCGGUGAAGCCGUCAAUCCCAUCAUCACCUGCUCUCAUGACGGGCUCCUCGACUUCGACUGGGUUCCUGAAAACGAGAGCACAUCACAAGUGUUCAGGCUGCAGAACGUCUCCUCUGUGGAUGUGCAGUUCAGUGUGCUGCUAGAAAGCUUGUGUCCGAGCGAGCAGAAGCUGAGGUCCACUGCUGCUGUGGGUGUGCAGAACUACAGUGGGCUCAGUGUGUUUGGAGUGUCUCCAGCAGGGGGCGUCAUCAGUCCUGCUGGAGCCGCUGACAUUACCGUGACCUUCCAUCCUGACCAUCACAGUCUCCAUUACAGAGACCAGCUCCGAGUGCAGAUCAGCAGCACACAAACGGUGUGUAAGCUGGAGCUCAGAGGCUCUUCGUGUCGACACAAUAUGUUUGUGUGUGGUGGAGAUCCAGUGGACGUCUGCUGCGAAUCACUCAUCCCAUCACAUAUAUACACGCCUGGACACACACAACAUCAAGACAGUAAAAGUCUUCAGCUGACGCUCAGGAGUGAAUAUCAAGAAGGCAAAGCAAUCGCUGCCACACGCAAACUCCACAUAGGAUGUGUCUACAGCUCGAAAACAACCACUAAGAAGGGUGUUGAGUUUAUGUGGGAGAACCUGUCGGCGGUGGAGCAGCAGGGCUUCAGAGUGACUCCAGCGCAGGGCAGUGUGGAGGCAGGACAGAGACGACCUGUCACCGUCAUCUGGACGCCCCCUGCUGGCCUUGCACCAAACGCAGUUGUCCAGGCAUGUGCUCAGCUGACCGUCAGAGGAGAAGAGACCGAGUUUUACCGCGUCACUCUCAUGGCUCUCCCUGACGAACACACAGUGCUGUAAAACCACAGUCCUCAUGUGUGCUGCAUUCAUCAUCACAUAAAUAACAAAUAUGUUAGAGCGGUGUUUCUCAACCACGUUCCUGGCGGAGCACCAGCACUGCAUGUUUUGGAUGACUCCUUUGUCUGUCACACCCAUCACAGCUCUUUCAGACUCUGCUGAUGAUCUGAAUCAGCUGUGUUUGGUUAAGAAGACGUGGAAAUGUGCAGAGCUGGUGCUCCUCC